AUGGCAAGCGUCAUGGCGAUAUCUAGACUGCGUAGAUCCACAAACACCAAGGCAAUAGCGUACAAUGAAUUUGACGAUCCAGACAGCAGUGAUAAUGAUGAUUUGCCAUUAAUCACGCAACAGACUUCCAACGAUGACACUGAGGAUGAGGAAGAUGAUGAACAUGCAGAAAAUGCUGAUCAACCGCUUCGUCAGAGUAUAUCCUCCAGCAUUACCUCCGUCUCUUUUACCCGCAAGCCAAGAAAAUCUCGUCAAGUCGCACUGGACCGCAAAAAGGCAGCUUCGAAAAGCCGACGAUCCUUAAUCAUGGAUUCACUCGAAAAGGUGACUCCCUAUUCCUCCUCUUCCCUUACCGUGGCCAGUACGCAAAGUAGUACUACGGAAGCAUCCGCCAUGUCAAAAAGUAGUGUCUUUAAGAAGGCUUCUGGGUUUUUGGCAUCACGGCGGUCUUCCAUAGGACAAACCUUUGGAUCACCCACGCCAUCCUCCUCACAGCAUAUUGUUGGACCACCGCCUGGAGAAUGGAAUGAAUUAAUUGAUGAUGAUGAAGACGACGAAGCGUUGAAUGACGAAGGCGACGAAGCGUUGAAUGACGAAGUUUAUGAAAAGGACUUGAACGAUGAGGUUGACACACGAGGGGAUGGUCGUCCCAAGUUGAAUCUUAGAAACAAUGAAGUUCAAAUGGGUUGGGCCAAUGCUAGUAUGGUCAGUCUGCUGACGACCCAAACGACAGCCGAUGGCAGUAGCAAGACUUUGAUGAGACCACCUUCCUUCAAGGACAUGAACAACAAGUCUGGCAAUGCAUCUGUCAACAGCAGCAAGAGUAUUACGGGUACUACUCGCGAAUUGUCUCCUCAUCGGCAACAACUAAUACGGAAUCGUAGUCGAGGAGGAGCAACGCCACAGUCUCAAAAAUCGCAAAAAUCGAUCCAAUCCUUUAUGACCACGGGAACCAGUUCCACUCUGAAACCACCAUCGUUGAAGGGUAUGCCAAGUCAAGACAUGAUGGACGAUCAAACGACUUCCACGCUCAAACCUCCUUCCAUGAAUAAUCUCAUCAUGUCAUCCUCCUCCGACUAUGAUGAUGAUGAUGAUGACGAGAAUGAUUCCAAUCAUCAUCAUCAUCAUCAUCAUCAUGAUACGAAAUCCUUAAAGCCACCUUCCUUGACAAACCUCAUUGGCAUUUCGGCGUCAGAGGAUGAACAAGAUCCUUCCAUUUCCAAUCACAACAUCGAAGCUGCUGCUGCUGCUGCUAGUGGUGCAGAAGAAGAGACCUCCUCGGACAUUGAGAAUUCCAAGCAUGUGACCAAACGAACAGUACGAACCACGGUAAAGGAUACUGACGAUGAUGCCAUGCUGGCAACAUUGACGCCGUACCAACAAUUUGAUCCCACCAAACUGGAUGGUAGUGCCAAGAAAAGCACCAACAACAAGAAGGUACAACAGCAACAACUAGGUGAUACUGAAGAUGAUGCCAUGCUGGCAACAUUGACGCCGUACCAAACAUUUGAUCCUACCAAACUGGAUGCUACUGCUGCCCAGAAAAGCACCAACAACAAUCACAAGAAGAAGAAGAAGAAGGAACAAGAUGAUACUGAUGAUAGUGCCAUGCUCGCAACAUUGACACCAUACCAACAGUUUGAUCCUUCCAAUCUCGAUGAUGCUGCUACUGCUGCAAAGCCAAAAGAUUGCAAGAAGGAACCACAGGAAGAAAAACAAGAUGAGGACCCAAUAGCACCAAAGAAGAAGAAGAAACAAGUUGGAACCAUCAAACCAAAACGGAAAAAGAAGACUGGCAGACAAAAAUCGAAACGAUCCUUGGUUUCACCCGAGCAAGGAACAGCAACUUCUGCAGAAUCUACCACCACUCCGCCUACCGUACCCAAAGAGCCAUUGUCACCGAUACGAGUCAGGCGAACCCCUCCCACGGCGCCGUCUACACCAAAGGAACCAGUAUCCUCCACCUCGACACCACUUCAGAAGAAUGAUGCUGAUACUAAUGCUGAUUCUAAUGCUGCUGGUCCAAAAGGAGAAUUCUCCAUUUCUCCCAAACAAAAGCGACGCUCCAACCGAAUGGAUCGAAUCCAAAAGCGAUCCAGUAACACUAGCAAUGUUAGUAGUGGCAUCAGCAAUGAAAGUCGAUCGAAAUUGUCAGAACAUCUCGAGGGAACUGCAUCCGCUGUCCGACGAACUUCCUCCGGUUCGACUCGUUCUUCCUUUGGUUCGGUGCGGUCGUCUCGGAGUGAUGGUCUUUUAGUAGCGAAGAAUCGACGAGGAGGACUUACGGUUGGAGAUGGCAAUAACAAUGCCAGUGCUUCGGUGGGUGGUGGGGGUAGUAGUACUACCACCCAACAACGACGUGCCAGUCGUACGGCAGCCGAAUCUCGGCGUGCCUUGCGACGAUCCACUGCUACUAGUGGUGGUAAUCGCAAUGGGCUUUCGCAAUCCCCAGGAAAGCGCAAGGAUAUCAUGAGAUCACCAGGGAGACUCAACAAGGACAAGGGAUACAUUUCAUCUUUUUUGGGCGGAUCUGGUCCUUGUGGCGAUUCGAUUCCAUCUUUAGGGAGCAUUUAUGAUAAGGACUCAUAG